AGUGAUCAAAGGUCUUCUCCCCUACCCCUGCCCCUAGCAGUUGUGCCUACCCUCGAACUGGUGGCCCCAGCCGGCCACCUGGCAGAGUGCGGUCUCGGAGGGUCGCGCGGCGCCGCUUGGCAGGCACACCGGCUGAACGUAAGGCGACAGGAGUGCGCAGCUGCCGUCCGCAUCCUCCUGAAGGCGCAACAGAGCUAACCCGGGCGGAGAGGAGCGUGAGGCGGGGAUGCCGGAGCUCCAAGCUCUCUUCCCGUUCCUGCGGGGCGCCCCCACGCACCCAGGUCGUGCUGGUAGCUGACGGGCGAGAAGGCCUCGUGCAAGCGGUGGCGGUGGAAAUCGCAAGGGCAAAAGCAAGAAAUGGCGGCAGAUGCUCCAGUUCCCUCACAUCAGCCAGUGCGAAGAGCUGCGGCUCAGCCUCGAGCGUGACUACCACAGCCUGUGCGAGCGGCAGCCCAUUGGGCGCCUGCUGUUCCGAGAGUUCUGUGCCACGAGGCCGGAGCUGAGCCACUGCAUCGCCUUCCUGGAUGGGGUGGCCGAGUAUGAAGUGACCCCAGAUGAGAAGCGGAAGGCAUGUGGGCGGCGGCUGAUGCAGAAUUUUCUGAGCCACACGGGUCCUGACCUCAUCCCUGAGGUCCCCCGGCAGCUGGUAACGAACUGCACCCAGCGGCUGGAGCAGGGGCCCUGCAAAGACCUUUUCCAGGAACUCACCCGGCUGACCCACGAGUAUCUGAGCGUGGCCCCUUUUGCCGACUACCUCGACAGCAUCUACUUCAACCGUUUCCUGCAGUGGAAGUGGCUGGAAAGGCAGCCAGUGACCAAAAACACCUUCAGGCAGUACCGAGUCCUCGGCAAAGGUGGCUUUGGGGAGGUGUGCGCCUGCCAGGUGCGGGCCACAGGUAAGAUGUAUGCCUGCAAGAAGCUAGAGAAAAAGCGGAUCAAGAAGCGGAAAGGGGAGGCCAUGGCGCUGAACGAGAAGCAGAUCCUGGAGAAAGUGAACAGUAGGUUUGUAGUGAGCUUGGCCUACGCCUAUGAGACCAAGGACGCGCUGUGCCUGGUGCUGACACUGAUGAACGGGGGCGACCUCAAGUUCCACAUCUACCACAUGGGCCAGGCUGGCUUCCCCGAAGCGCGGGCUGUCUUCUACGCCGCCGAGAUCUGCUGUGGCCUGGAGGACCUGCACCGGGAGCGUAUCGUGUACAGGGACCUGAAGCCAGAGAACAUCUUGCUGGAUGACCACGGCCACAUCCGCAUCUCUGACCUGGGGCUAGCUGUGCACGUGCCCGAGGGCCAGACCAUCAAAGGCCGUGUGGGCACCGUGGGUUACAUGGCUCCGGAGGUGGUGAAGAAUGAACGGUACACGUUCAGCCCUGACUGGUGGGCGCUCGGCUGCCUUCUGUACGAGAUGAUCGCAGGCCAGUCGCCCUUCCAGCAGAGGAAGAAGAAGAUCAAGCGGGAGGAGGUGGAGCGGCUGGUGAAGGAGGUCCCCGAGGAGUAUUCCGAGCGCUUUUCCCCGCAGGCCCGCUCACUUUGCUCACAGCUCCUCUGCAAGGACCCUGCCGAACGCCUGGGGUGUCGUGGGGGCAGUGCUCGUGAGGUGAAGGAGCACCCCCUCUUUAAGAAGCUGAACUUCAAGCGGCUGGGAGCUGGCAUGCUGGAGCCGCCCUUCAAGCCUGACCCCCAGGCCAUUUACUGCAAGGAUGUUCUGGACAUUGAACAGUUCUCUACGGUCAAGGGCGUGGAGCUGGAGCCUACCGACCAGGACUUCUACCAGAAGUUUGCCACAGGCAGCGUGCCCAUCCCCUGGCAGAACGAGAUGGUGGAGACCGAGUGCUUCCAGGAGCUGAAUGUCUUUGGGCUGGAUGGCUCAGUUCCCCCGGACCUGGACUGGAAGGGCCAGCCACCUGCACCUCCUAAAAAGGGACUGCUGCAGAGACUCUUCAGUCGCCAAGAUUGCUGUGGAAACUGCAGCGACAGCGAGGAAGAGCUCCCCACCCGCCUCUAGCCCCCAGCCCGAGGCCCCCACCAGCAGUUGGCGGUAGCAGCUACUCCGAGCGCCGUUUACAGUUCUGCACAGUGAUCUUCCCCAUUGUCCACUCAAGUCGUGGCCUGGGGAACACAGAUGGAGCUGUCCCCAGUGUCCUCCGUCCCUCAGCCCCUGGCCUGGCUGAGUUUGGCAGGGCCUAGGCCGUCCCUGGGACAAAGGUGCGUCCCUUCAGCUCUUCUCCGUGGAGCUCGGGGCUUUCUGUAUUUAUGUAUUUGUACGAAUGUAUAUAGCGACCAGAGCAUUCUUAAUUCCUGCCGCAGACCUGGCGCCCUCGCCUUGGCUCCUGGGGGCAGCCAGCUCUGGCCGGGAGAGCGGGAGCUGGCAGAGGAGCCACUGCCAAACUCAAGGCUCCUCUGGCCCAGCUUGGACGGCUGAGGGUGGUCACACCCCCGAGCCUUCAGCACUGUGUUGGCCACCCCUGGUCUCUGAGUAAGACUCGUGCCUGCCCCUGCUGCCCUGGGCUCAGGCUGCUACCCUCUGGGGCCCAAAGCUGUCCCUUCUCAGUGCUUGUCAGCGCUAGAUCUGGGGCCGCUGUAUGCCCUAGGCCUGUGCCAAAGUGGCCAGAGAUUGGGCUGCCCGUGAUACCCAUCAGCCCACUGCCCCGGCCAGCCCAGAUAGGUCUGCCUCUGCCUUCCAGCUCCCACAGCCUGGUCCCUGACACUGGGCUCUGUCCUGAAGACACCUCUUUCAGAAGCGCCCAAGCCCAGCCCCUAAGAGGAGGUGGGGCAUCCCUGGUCAACCCUCAGACAUUCCGGACUCCCCUCAUAACAAUAGACACAUGUGCCCAGCAAUAAUCCGCCCCUUCCUGUGUGCGCCUGUGGGGUGUGUGCGCGCGCGUGUGUACCUGCGUGGGUGAAGGGGAUAGGGCGAGGCUGUGCCUGUGCCCCAGGCCCCUGCCCUGGCCCUUCCCAGACUGUGAUGGCCAUCCUGCUCCCAGUGUUAGGGUAGCAUGGGAUUACAGGGCCCUGUUUUUUCCAUAUUUAAAGCCAAUUUUUAUUACUCAUUUUGUCCAGUGUAAGCUGCCACGUGUCUCUGUGUGAAUACAGUCCGAGCACAAACCUG